AUGUCAAUAAUCACAAAACCUUCUUCUUCGAGAAUAUCAAAUAUCGAUAAAUCCACAAUACAAUCACGUUCUAAGUUACUUGAUGAAGAUGAAGAUGAAAAUUUUGAAGCAACAACAGCAAAAGAACCAUACGAAACCAAAUACAUUAAAUUGUCAAACAUUGAAGCGUUGGAUUUUUUUUUUUCAUCAGAUCAAUCAACUGAAACCUUUUCAGAUGUUGUUUUAAUAUUAAUUCACAAAGCUAUUAAUUUAGCAUUUGUUCUUUGUAUGGUAUCUUGUUCUUUGGCUGCUGGAAUGUCGUUGAUUUAUAACAGGACCUUAAACCUUUUCUCAUUUAAUACUAGCUGGUCAAUAUUUUAUAUAAUCAAAGCAUCAAUAUGGGCUUAUUGUUCUUAUAGAUUAAAUUCAUCUUUAAUAUCAUUAAAAGAUGCAAUUAUGGGCGCAAAAAGAAUCGCAAUACCAUUUAAUUCUAUAAAUGAAAAUCCUUUAUUCUACUCAGGGACCGUAUUCAGUUUACCAUUUUUUCUAUUUUUAGAAGAAUUGCUAGAAGCUUAUGAAAAAGAAAGCUUUCGUAAACGAGCAUUGCUGAAAGUUGAACGUGAAAAUGCUCAAAAAUCUGUUUACAAAGCAAUUGAUAGAAUUACUGAACGCAAAGCAUCUUAUUUGAAAGUGAUAGCUUGUCAAUUAAAACAAACAACAGAUUUAGCAAUCAAAACUUUAAAACAGUUAUCUCCUGCUGAUUUCUUAACACAACCUCAUGAACAAUUAUCCGCUUGUUCCAUCUCAUUCCCUACAACUUCAAUCAAAGCCAUACACACUUCACUUAAAGCUGUCAAUUAUAUUUCUUCACAUUUGGAUAUUUUAUCUUUAUUAUUAUUUACUGAUGUUCAUAAUGCCGAGGAAAUUAUUGGUACUUCAAAUAUUAGGCAUGAAUUUGAUAUUGGUGAAAUGAUUCAAAAUGUCGCUGAUGCUUUGGCUGGUGUUGCUGCUUUGGCUAGGGUUGAAUUGGUUGUUUAUCAUAUAGAUUAUGGAUUGGAACAUUUGAAUGUUAUUGGUGAUGUAGCUGGUUUUAGGCAUGCUUUAUUAGAUUUUAUUAAAUGCAUAUUUGAUGGUGCAAGUCCAGGUGCAUGUGUGGAACUGGGACUUCAGAUUAGGACCGUUGAUAAUGAUGAAAAAGAAAGUGUAAUAGUCAAUCCACAUGAUAAAGUAAUCAUCACAGUCGAAAUAAUUCAUAAUGCUAGUACGAUAAUACCAAGCGAUGGUGAUAAACCAGUUUUGGUUUGUCCAGAUGCAAACUUGACUUUCAAGGUAUUGAAUUAUUUGGGUGCUACAUUGACAGUAGACGAAGAAGAUCAUGAUCAUGGCCGACAGAGAUUCGAAAUUACAAUCGAGAUGGAAGCUGGUUCUUCAUUGAAUACAUCGAAUAAUUUAAAAGUCAAUGAAGAGAUGUACUAUCGUUACCCAAAUUUGCGUAUAACUGGUGAACCAUCUGUAGAAGAAUUGAUCAAGACUUCACAACUUAUGGGAGGCCAAAGAGUAGCAUUAUUUGCUACCAGAAAUCAAGAUGAUUCAUCAAAUCUACCACCUACUUUUAUAAUGAUUGAUGACGAUAUUGAUACAUUGAAACAUCAGCUUAAACAACUUAGUAAUGCUCCAUUUACAGGAUUAUCAUCCUUAUCAUCAACCAUGAAAUCAAGUCUUGCUAUGGGUCUUGGUGUUACUGGUCUUGGCGGUAAUGGUGGUAGCAGUAAUAGUCGAACGAAGAAACCGCCGCCUAGUUUACCAUCACAAACAACUGCUGUAAUUUAUUUCACCUCUAUAACAAAAUACAAACUGGUAAAAGACUCUAUUCAAGACAUUGUAUCAUCGAACAAUAAUGGAACGUUUACCUUACUGCCACAAAUAUUGGUAAUCCCGAAACCAGUAGGACCAAGAAGAUUUCUUACCGCUUUUCAUACAACAAUCAAUCAAAUAGUUGUAGAUCCCGUUUAUAUACCGAUUGCUACUUCACCAAUGAGUCCUAUGGAUCAAGUGAUAAUGUCAGAUUCAUCUAAUAAUUAUUUUUCAUUCACUAGAGCCGCAUCAUCUUCAUCACCAUCAAUUAAUUCCACACCAACAAAUAGACCCAAAAAUGACAGUAGCAGUAGCACUUCUUGUCCAGUAAAACAUGACAAAAAAUCAUCAUCAGCAUCAACACCACUACCAAAACAAGUAUCCCCAAAACCAAAUACAAAAUCACAAAAUAGUCAAUCAUCAAAAUUCACAAGGAAUGCUAGAGCCGGUAAAAAUAACAGAAAAAUACCAACAAAUUCAGAAUAUGUUAUUCCGCCUAUUAAUGUUUUGAUUGUAGAAGAUAACCCAAUCAAUCAGGCUAUUUUGUCGACAUUUAUGAGAAAGAAAAAAAUUAAAUAUGAAUGCGCUACCAAUGGACAAGAGGCAGUUGACAAAUGGAAGGAAGGCGGGUUUCAUUUGGUAUUGAUGGACAUUCAAUUACCAGUGAUGGAUGGUAUUAAAGCAACAGAAACCAUAAGAAAAUUAGAAAAACACCAACAAAUUGGUGUAUUACCGUCAUCUUCCAUAUCACAGCAUGAUCAACAAGAGGGGGGAAUUCCUUCAUCGACAUCAAUAUCAUCUACCACUACCACUACAAUGAGAUCACCAGUUAUUAUUUUAGCAUUAACUGCAUCAUCAUUAUCAUCUGAUAGAAAAAAUGCUUUAGCAGCAGGCUGUAAUGAUUUUCUGACCAAACCUGUUAGUUUAGAAUGGUUAGAAAAAAAGAUUUUAGAUUGGGGAUGUAUGCAAGCAUUGAUAGAUUUUGAUGUGUGGAGAAAGUGGAAGAAAGAUGAUGAUUCAGAGUCGGCAAAAGCGAUUGAACCAAGGAAAAAUCAAAGAAGUAUUAGUACAACUCAAAUACAAAAAACUAGAACUUACAUUGAAGAAAAUGAUCUUGUAGGAAGAAAACCAAUUGUAUCGCCACUUUUGACCAAAAACAAUUCAUCCCCAUCUGUACUUGGAGUCAAAAAAGGCGGCAAUGUUGAUGAUGGUGAUUCAAAAACAAUGGAAUCAGUAGUUUCAAUAACAAAAUUGACGACAGAAAAUUUAGAAAGUUAUCAACCUGUAAGAAGAUCAUCAGUAGUAUCCCCUGUGACAUCAUACCCUAUAACGGCUACUAUUUCUUCCAAUAGCAACUCAUCUAGUUCCAGCACCAUUAUAUCUAAUUUGCCAAGAACACCAACAGGAGGUGUAAUAAUUUCACCUGCUAAUAUGAUACCAUCAUUACCAUCAACUCCUAAAAAUUUUCAAAAACCAAUAUAA